AUGCUACGCAGGAUUGCGGACUUUAAUCGUUAUGCUUGGAACGACCGUUCUUUGUCUAGAGAGAACCUACAAGUGCUUCUGGAGCGAAAUCUCGUUAGCAUUGACGAAGCCGUGGUGGAAACAUUGGCGAUCAACUUCUACACUUUGGACGGUUUACUAUCCUGGAAGUCAGAUGCACCAAUUACUGAGAAGGCCCUCAUAGCUGCUGCAAAUAACGAUCGCUCGAUGCGUGUGAUGCUGGAGGCUCGAGGAAGUGAUUUACAUAUCACAGAGGAUGUUUUAGUAGCCGCAACGCAAACAUACUUCGCUAAGGACGUAAUGAAAGUUAUCGAGCAUCGGUAUGGGCCGAUCGGCGUUACUGAAAACAUCCUGAGAGGGGUUAUCGAGCUAGGUGAUCGCUCAUUCACGAUUUGGCUUGUUGAGCGAGCGCUGGAGUCUUUGAUUGCAAAGUUUCUUUCGCGGGACACUUGGCAAGACGCCGACUUGUGGAAAUAUGAAUCCAGAUGCAUCAUCCUGGCAGGCUUCUUCAAGCAAACAGUCUCGAGAAUCUCCAAAUCUAUGCAACUAGAUUUACCGUUUGACCCCGAGCAAGAGCGAAUUUCUCAGCUUAAGGAGUUGAUUCUCCAUAGAAAGGCUGAGCUAUCGGAGCUUCCUCCUACUGAACUUGCCGCAGAAGUUGUGGUGGAACUGUGUUACAAUGAAACAAUUGAGCAAUUCUGUAAGGAAAACCAAAUCGAAGCGACAGCGCAUUUGAUUGGAGUGGCCGACAGAAACCGAAUUGCGGAUAAAGAAAAAUUGAAGUCGUUCUUGGGGCAGAAAAGAUUGUUCAAGCAGGAGUCUUGA